AUGCUCUCAUCGCAAUCUGUCUGCUCGGUCUUGCUAGCCUUGGGCGUCCUCUUGGAUAGAGCUCACGGAAAGAAAGUUAUCGCCUAUCGGACUGUUGCCAAGGAGGAAGCCGCGUAUAUCAAUGAACAUCACAAGCCUCACAGAGACAAAAUAUACGACGAACGACGCGACAGAAACUUUAAAAGACAGCUGGGAAAUGGGUUCUACACAGUGAACAAGCCCGGUAACUGGGAUGGCGUUGGUGAUGAGUGGUACUGCGUGAUCGAAGCGGACGACGACAAGAUGGAAGAGGUCGGCAAAGUCUGGGUCCCGAAAACCACCCCUGGGGACGGCGGCCGGCCAAAGCACUUGUGGGACGACGAAGACGCGAUCCUGGAGUAUAUCGGAACUCUGAUGCCAGACCCGGAGAAAGCAUUGCGCUUUUCGUAUAUCGUACCCCUUCCGAAGCUGCAGAUGGUCAUUCCAACUGAGAUGAUCAACAGCGACGAGUUGGAUUUCUCGGCUGAAUGCUGGCAGACACAGGCGGAGCUGGAGGCAUAUUCGAGCGAAACUGUGGAUUGGACGAGCUGGAAGAUUGCGGGCGAAGAUCCUGGACCGCCCCCGGAAGAGCUUAGUCUGAGCCAAAAGCUUGAAAUGAUACGUAUUUUAGAAGCGAUGCAAGGGAAGAACUGA